AUGGCGGGCCUCGCGCAGCGGGGCGGGCUGCUGGGGCUGUGGACUCCGCGCGGGGACGACGAGGUGCGCGACAGCCCGCGCGCCGGGGACGGCAGCGCCUCCUGCGGGUCGUCCUCGGCGUCCUCGCCCUGGGAGCUGGUCGGCACCUCGUGCGCCUCCUUCGGGGAUCUCGCGAGGCUGGCGCCGCCUGCGCCGUGGGAGCUCGACGCCGCGUCCUGGCCGUGCAGCGGCGGCGAGCCCCCCGCCGCCGACGCGCACGGCGGGUCGGCCGUGCCCGAGGGCGCGGCGGCCGCCGCGCGCGCGCCGCCGCUCGAGUGGUACCCCUGCGACUCCAUGGAGCUGGACGCCGUCGCCGCGCAGGAGAUGAUGAGGCGUGCGGACGCCGAGCGGGCAUCGGCGCUCGGCAGCAGCGCCUCCGCCCCGGGGCGCCCGAGCCGCUGCAGCGGGGGCGCCCUGCUGCCCGACGUCGCCAUGAGCCUCGAGAGCUUCUUGGAGGAGGAGGUCCCCGCGUUCCCGUUCUCCAGGGGCACCAGAUGCCAGUGA